CCUGUGGCCGAAAUCUAACCUUUCACCUACUUUGUUGUUUACUGUUAUCUCGAUCCCUUCACAGCCUUUUGACGCUACAAAAAAUAGGGAUUGUUCAAAACGUCAUUUUUGCCACUAUUAAUGUCGGUUCUGACUUAAUUUAUAGAUAAAUAAUUUACAAUACCACCCCAUCGGAACUUUUGUUUGACAUCAACGUUUCCCCGCGGACUCUAAUUCGGGAAGACACGGGCAACAUCUGGAAGGCUGAGGUUCUGCAGUUUACGUUUAUCGUCAAUUCUCUUGACGCUAAAUCAUGUCCAUUUUUACACCUACCAACCAAAUACGGCUCACAAAUGUGGCGGUGGUGCGGAUGAAAAAAGGCGGCAAGCGGUUUGAAAUCGCUUGCUACAAGAAUAAAGUUGUCAGCUGGCGAUCGGGAGCAGAGAAAGACCUGGACGAGGUUUUGCAGACACACUCCGUUUUCGUCAACGUUUCCAAAGGGCAGGUGGCCAAAAAGGAUGACUUGUGCAAAGCUUUCGGGACAGAUGAUCAGACCGAAAUUUGUAAACAGAUCCUGGCCAAAGGGGAGUUGCAAGUGUCUGACAAAGAAAGGCAGAGUCAACUGGAGACGAUGUUCAGGGAUAUUGCUACCAUCGUGGCUGAGAAGUGCGUUAACCCCGAGACCAAGAGGCCUUACACGGUCAGUCUCAUUGAGCGAGCCAUGAAGGACAUCCACUACUCCGUCAAGACCAACAAGAGCACCAAGCAGCAGGCACUGGAGGUCAUCAAGCAGCUGAAAGAGACCAUGGAGAUCCAGCGGGCCCACAUGAGGCUGCGUCUGAGGAUACCAGGCAAAGACGCCAAGAGGCUGAAGGACAAGCUCAAACCUCUCUUGCAGGUGGUUGAGAGUGAAGACUUUGACGAGGAACUGGAAAUGGUGUGUCUGGUGGAUCCCGGCUGCUUCAGGGAGAUGGACGAACUGAUCCGCUGUGAGACCAAAGGCCGAGGCUGUCUGGAGGUGCUGUGUCUGAAGGAUGUGGAGGAAGGCGAUGAGAAGUUUUAGGAGCACCACACAAGCGGGACUUGAUCCACUUUAACAUGCUUCACUCAGGCACUUCCAUAAAAGACGCUCAUCACUCAUGGAGCUCCUCCUCUUUGACUCAUUUGGACUCAUCUGUUUCAUCCUGGCCCUUCAUCAUUCCUGGCCGUGUUUGCUGGGAGCUUAUACAUCAGCCAAGUUACCCGCCUACUUUUUAUUGAACAGGUUUGAUUCCCCCCCUCGGCCAUCUCUGUGUGGAGUUUGCAUGUUCUCCCCGUGCAUGCGUGACUUUUCUCCGGGUACUCCGGUUUCCUCCCACAUUCCAAAAACAUGCUAGGUUAAUUGGCCACUCCAAAUUGUCCAUAGGUAUGAAUGUGAGUGUGAAUGGUUGUUUGUCUAUAUGUGCCCUGGGAUUGACUGGUGUACCCCGCCUCUCGUUCGAAGAUGGCUGGGAUAGGCUCCAGCACCCCUCAGGGAUAAGGAUAAGCGGUAGAAAAUGAAUGGCUAGUUUCUUUAAUACUAGCACAACAUUUCAAUCACACUUUAACCAUGUUAUAAUGAGCAGGGGUUGCAUUCAAAGACACAACGUAAUUCAAAUUGAAUUCAUAUUUCCCUAGCAUACUUAAAUGCAGCAGAUUGUACAUCAUUAUUAAGAGUUACAAAGUGAGUGUUAAGAAUAGCCACUUAUAGUUUUUCCACACCUUUGUUUAUUUAGACCACAACUACAAGCAUAAUAAACGUUGGGACUGAUCCUGAAUGUAUCUUACGUUGGUCUGGUGACAAGAAGGAAGUACGUCCAAGACUGAAUGGACUAGGAGAGACAUAUGACACGUUUAGUGUUGGAAUUGUCCCGCUGAUGAAGUGGUCAGGUCUGAAUAAAGUUACAAAAGAACGACAGACAUGCAGUGAUAGCAUGCAUUAAUUAUGUCAAAAAAUAAAUGGGUUAACGUGCUAUUUUGACAGCCCUAAUACCGUAUUUUCCGGACUAUAAGUCACACUUUUUUUCAUAGGUUGGCUGUUCCUGAGACGUAUAGUCCAGAGCGACUUAUAAAUGGUUACAUAAACACUGGACACCUUUUCUGUUCAUGUUUAGUUUUUGUGUUUGUGUUAGCAUAUCUUACACCGAUUCAGCCUGUUCGCUAUUCUUUUAUUGUUAGAACCUGCCUUCGUAAGACGUAAUGUCUGUUUUGGUAAAGUAGUUUGGAAAAUAAAUGACCCACAAAAAAUGCCACUUAUGCUCCAGUGUGACUUAUGUACGCUUUUUUCUACCUAAGUAUGUAUUUUUGGCCUUGUACGACUUAUACUCCGGAGCGACUUAUAUUCCAGAAAAUACGGUAAUUCUAGCAUCUUCGGAAUUAAGAAUGAAAGUCAUUUGUCACAUUGCCAUUACAAUUACACAUCACAUUCUAUAUACAUUGUGUUGGAUAGAUUCCCUACAAAAAUCCCAACCCCCAAGCGUGUUCAGGUGCAUUUUCAGUAAGUGUGAAUAUCUUAGAAAAGUUUAUUUAUUACAGUUGUGAAACUGUGUAAUGUGUAAAUAUAAAACAAAAGCUCAGUAUUGUAAACAGCAAAACUUCCUGAGCUUUUAAUUGGUCUGUUAGUAUGACACGAACACCUGAAAUCAAAUAACUUUUGAACCAUAUUGUCAUUUUUGUAGAUAUAUAAAUGAUACCUGGGUGGCCUUAGCUGAAUUAUGCAAGUUGAAUGUACAACAGCGAGAGUGUAGGCUUUAGUCAUGUCAUUAUGUAGGCAGUAAAUGUACGUAGUAGUAGUACGUGUACAUACAAAUGCUCAUGCCUCCAUGCGCUAAUUGCAACUUGGACAUUACACUUCCAAUCCAAAAGGCCGCCUGC